AUGCCAACACCAACGGACAUCCGACCGCCAUUCACCCCCGAAACUGCAGCGGCCAAGGUCCGAGCGGCCGAGAACGCUUGGAACUAUCGUGACCCAGUGCGUGUGUCCCUUGCCUACAGCGAAAACUCGACUUGGCGAAACCGCGACCAAUUCAUCCAAGGACGCGAAGCGAUUCGAGCCUUUCUCUCCCGCAAGUGGACACAGGAACUUGACUACCGACUCGUCAAGGAUCUCUGGUCCUUUACUGGAAACAGGAUCGCCGUUCGCUUCCAGUACGAGUACCGGGACGCAAGCGGGCAGUGGUGGCGAGCCUACGGCAACGAACUAUGGGAGUUUGAUGCCGAGGGCCUGAUGCGUCGCCGCGAAGCAAGCAUCAACGAUCUCGCCAUCAUCGAAGCCGAUCGUAAAUUCCAUUGGCCGCUCGGUGAACCACGCCCGAAAGAGCCUGCAGUCGUGCUCUGUUUCAUCUUGAUCGUUGCUGUGCUGCUCACACUAGGCCUAUCUAAGACUGCCUUGGCGAAGUCGGAUAUCCGCUACAAGACUGUGCAGAUCGACGGACAGGAUAUCUUUUAUCGCGAAGCCGGGCCGAAGGACGCUCCGACAGUGCUAUUGCUGCAUGGCUUCCCGACUUCGUCUCACAUGUUUCGCGAUUUGAUCCCAAGGCUUGCCGACAAGUACCACGUUGUCGCUCCAGACUAUCCAGGUUAUGGGUAUAGUUCCGCCCCUGCAGUUGGCGAUUUCGAUUACUCCUUCGACAACCUCGCCCACAUUGUGACCAAGUUCAUCGAUCGGGUGGGCCUGGAGCGAUACUCGCUCUAUCUAAUGGAUUACGGCGCGCCGGUUGGUUUUCGGAUCGCCGCGGCUGCUCCCGAUCGCGUCGAUUCACUCAUCAUCCAAAACGGCAACGCCUAUGACGAGGGGAUCGACAACGAAUUCUGGGUACCGAUCAAGAAGUACUGGAACGACCGUUCGAAGGAAAACGGUGACGCUCUUCGUUCGUUGCUGACACUCGACGCGACCAAGUGGCAGUACACACACGGGGUGCGCGAAGUGGAGGCGAUUAGCCCCGACACUUGGGACCAUGUACAGCCACUAUUGAACCGCCCAGGCAAUCAAGAGAUCCAACUAGCGUUGUUCUACAGCUAUGGCAGUAACCCGCCUCUCUACCCUCGGUGGCAGGAGUACCUGCGAGAGCACCAGCCGCCGACUCUGAUCGUGUGGGGCAAGAACGACGCGAUCUUUCCGGACGCGGGCGCAUACCCUUACAAGCGAGAUCUGAAUGACUUGGAGUUUCAUCUACUUGAUACCGGGCACUUCGCCCUGGAAGAAGACAACGCAAAGAUCGGGCGGCUGAUGCGUGAUUUCCUGGAUCGCAAGGCGUACGGCCGCAUGGAACAACGUGGCGGUUGGCAGACGACCGUCACGUCCGACCUCGAAGUAUUCCUGGCGGGACUCGACAUGUUCUACGUUGGCACCGCGAACGCCGCCGGACAGCCUUACAUCCAGUACCGCGGUGGGCCCGCUGGAUUCCUGCGGGUGUUAGACGACAAGACUCUGGCGUUUGCCGAUUUUGGCGGCAACCGCCAAUACAUCACGCUUGGCAACCUUCAGGACAACGAGAAGGCUUUCUUGUUCUUAAUGGACUACGAAAACCGCCAACGAAUCAAAGUUUGGGGCACGGCUCGUGUCGUUGAAGACAGCCCCAAGCUAAUGAAGCAACUCGCCGACCCAAGUUACCCUGGUAGCGUCGAACGAGCGAUCGUGUUCACGAUCGAGGCCUGGGACACCAACUGUCCGCAACAUAUCCAUCCACGAGUCCGUCUUGACCGUAUAGAACCAGUCGUGGCGAGCCUCAAGGCCCGCAUUGCGGAGCUCGAAGGAUUUGAUAUUACUCGCGGCGACACGGCACUGGUCGUCACCGACCCGCAGAACGAUUUCCUCAGCUCAGCCGGCGUCACAUGGGAUGUUGUGGGCCAAAGCGUUACCGAGAACAAGACCGUGGAGAAUAUAGAGUCGCUAUUCCGUGCUGCCAAAGGUGCGUCGCUAUCGGUCUUCAUUUCGCCCCACUACUACUAUCCACACGAUCACAAGUGGCGUUUCGAAGGAGCGCUGGAGCGGCUAAUGCACGACAUCAACAUGUUUGACCGUCCGGGUCCGCUCGACCUAACGGGAUUCGAAGGCUCAGGCGCCGACUGGCUAGACCUUUAUAAGCCGUUCAUCAAUGACGGUGAGACGGUGAUCACCAGCCCGCACAAGGUGUUCGGACCGGAGUCGAACGAUCUCGCACUGCAACUUCGAAAGCGGGGUAUCGACAAGGUGCUGCUGGCUGGCAUGUCGGCGAACCUGUGCGUUGAGUCACAUCUACGUGAUCUCUUGGAGCAGGGCUUUGAAGUAGCUGUCGCUUGGGAUGCUACCGCUGCGGCCAUUCUGCCAGAGUUCAAUGGCAUGGCGGCUGCAAAGACGAACUACCACAUGCUCGCCAGCGAGACGAUCGAUACCGCAGAAGCAGUCCGUCGCAUCGCCUCGCUUUGA